AUGCCGCUCAUAGUUUUAACCGGAUACCCCUGCUCCGGCCUCACCUACCGAGCCCGCCAGCUCGCAACGCAGCUCGAAGAAACCCAAACCGAGCUCUUCAAAUCCGGCGCUCUUCCUCCCACGAAACCUCGCUACAAGAUCCACAUCGUACCUACUCAUGACCCUUCGCAUCCGAGAACCGUCUACGACCAUGCCCGCACAGAAAAGGAGACGCGGGGCGUUGCGUACGCGCGGGCAAAGCGCGCCCUCAACAAGGACAGCUUCGUGAUACUCGACGGAAUGAACUACAUCAAGGGAUAUCGGUAUCAGCUGUGGUGUGAGGCGAAAGCCUUAGGGACGACAUGCUGUGUGGUCCACGUCGGCACCCCAAUCGACCAAUGCGUCGCAAACAACAAGGCCCGACUACGCCGUCAAAACGACACAGACAACACCACCAACAAGGAAGACACAGCCCAGUCCAACCCAGAAUCCACACCAUCCGAACCCUCUCCAUCCACCGAACCCUCCCCCACCACCACCGACACCGAAGACCCCUACCCCCCCGAGCUCCUCAACAACCUCAUCUUCCGAUACGAAGAACCCAGCAUCCACAGCCGCUGGGACAAGCCCCUCUUCACCGUCCCCUGGUCCGACGCAACCCCCCCAAUCGCCGACAUCUGGACCGCCCUAACCGGCAUCCCACACCCAUCCACCACCACCACCGACUCCACCACAACAACAGCAACCACACCCACCCUCUCAACCCUCACCAGCGCCCUCCACAACACCACCCUCCCCUCCACCGCCAGCACCACAACCACAACCCCCCGCUCCGGCCCCCUCGGCCGUCCCAAAAUCAAACCCCACCAAGCAACCGCCAUGCCCAUCGCAACCGACUCCUCCGCCCUCUACAGCAUGGAAAAGCGCACCUCCGCCAUCGUAACCGCCAUUCGAAGCUUCACGCUCGCCAAUCCCUCCGCCGAAGCCGCGCUCGUGCAGGCCCAAAACACCUCCAAUGCCAAUAAUCGCGGCAUCUCCAUUCCCGUCCCGGAGGCAUCCACCCCCGUUUAUAUUCCGGCGCACGUGGCGACCUCCGGCACGACGGAUGAAUUGGCCGGCGCGGGAGGAAUCCUUGCAUUGCCGAGACUGCAGAGACUCAGGAGGCAGUGGAUUGCGUUGAAUCGGGCGUAUGUGCAGGGUGCGCAUGCGUCGAGUAAGGGGGGUUUGACUGCGGAGCAGGUGCCUGAUGCGUUUGUGAGGUUUUUGAAUGCCGAAUUUGGCGGGGAGAGUGAGUGAAUUCUUUUCCUUCUCUUGUUUUGGUUGGAUUGUUGGGUUAGUUGGAAGGGGUUUCGCGAUAGAAAAAAGUUUACAUAGAUUGGGGAAGCGUGUAUUUC